AUGGCACAGGCACAGCCUCUCCAGGGCAUCUCGAUACCGCGCUACGAAUCUCGCUCGAGCACCGCUUCGUCGUACAUUGUCUUCGCCGUCGUCAUCCAGCUCCCCGUGCGCUCAUGGACCGUGUACCGACGCUACUCUGACUUCGUCCGGCUCGACAAGAACCUCGCUGCCAGUCCAAAUGCUCCUUCCUCCAGCGGCGAUCGAGAACCUGGUGGAGCAGGGAAACCGCCACCUCGGCCACUUCCACCUCGAGAACGCGCGAGGGAGUGGAAGAAGACCUUUUCAGGCUUUCUCUCAUUCGCUACCGGUGAUCAGAGCUAUGACGACUACGAUCAGGAGAUCUGGUUGAAGGAGCGGAUGCAGGCGUUGGAGAUGUACCUCAAAGCCAUAGUCAUGGAUCAAGAUGCUGGAUGGAGGGAGUCAGAGGCGUUCAAGUCGUUCAUCGAAUGGCCGAUGAGUAUCAAGAUGGUCACCGCAGUCACAUCGCCCGCAACGGCCUCCCCUCGAGCUGCGAGAACAACACCCGCCGCACGCACCACAACGAGCAUGCCAGGUGGGCUCCCCCCAGGUACCAGAGCGCUUGGCGCAGCAGCAGCUAACACACCCCGACCACCGGCACAAGAAACAGACACCACACGACCGCUCAACAACGGUCAACUCUUCCAAUCUCAAACUGAUGCCAUGGACCAACAGGACGAACAACUGCUCAAUUUAGCCGCUAUCCUCCGCCGACAGAGGCAGAUGGGAGAAGCCAUCAACCAGGAGCUCGGGGAGCAAACCGAGUUGCUCGGUCAAUUGGAUUCAGAAGUCGAGGUUACCCAGGCAAAUCUCAGCAAGGCGGAUGCGAAGAUGGACCGCUUCGAUGGAGGCAAAGCGAAAAAAAAGGCGGGCAUCGGGAGAAAGUUUUGA